UGGAUAAGAUAUAGUGAGGCCUCAGUCUCUGGUGCUCGAAGAGGUGGAAAUGGCUUCAAUCAUCCACAACGCCAUUCAAAUUUCUUCGAAGCCCGACUCUCCAUGGCCCAAGGUUUCAUCACAGCUUCACUUUCAACCUCGAACAUGGAUUGAAUUCGUCCACAAUCACAUUCCUCGGUUUUCCCCAGUUGUCCUCAAUUGCCAUCGUGCUCCGCGCUCUCUGAUUCGAUGCGGCAGUCGAAUCGAGAAGGAAGGGGAUCCAUCUACAGCAGAAGCCAAUAGGUCCCAAUCAUCUGGCGAGAAAGAAUAUAAUAGAACUUAUUCCGUUUCAGGAACGACUGAGGGGUUCGAAAGUAAAGUUUCUUCUGUUAGAAAUGUUGCUUUAUGUGUUGCUACUGCAGUGGCAUUUGGCAUCGGGCUGGGUUUGAAAGAUGGACCUGGCAAAGCAUCAGAGUUUUAUGCUGGGUAUCUUCUGGAGCAAAGUUUGUCAGUUGACAAUCUUUUUGUCUUUGUUUUGAUUUUCAAGUACUUCAAAGUGCCAAUCGAGUAUCAGAAUCGGGUGCUUACUUAUGGAAUUUCUGGUGCAAUUGUCUUUCGUCUAACAAUCAUACUUCUGGGAACAGCCACCCUGCAGAGAUUUGAGGCAGUAAACCUGCUUCUGGCUGCUAUACUUCUAUACUCAUCAUUUCAGCUAUUUGGCAGUGAAGAAGAAGAUGACACUGACCUAUCAGACAACUUUGUAGUAAAGAUGUGCCAAAAAUUAAUCCCUGUGACAGCAAACUAUGAUGGGAAUCACUUUUUUACACUUCAGGAUGGUGUGAAGAAAGCAACACCUUUACUUCUCACCGUAGCAGUAAUUGAGCUCAGUGAUAUAGCAUUUGCUGUUGACUCAAUACCUGCAGUUUUUGGUGUUACAAGGGACCCUUUCAUAGUGUUCACGUCUAAUUUUUUUGCCAUUCUAGGUUUGAGAUCCCUAUUCGUUCUUAUAGCUGAUGGUAUGUCAGAAUUGAAAUACUUACAGCCGUCUAUUGGCGUUGUUUUGGCCUUUAUUGGGAGUAAGAUGAUCCUGGAUUUCUUUGGAUUCCAUGUCUCUACUGAGGCAUCACUUGGUUUUGUUGCAACAAGUCUGGGCACUGGGGUGCUGUUGAGUCUACUGAAGAAUUCUGAUUGAUCAAUUCAUAAUAAUGGAAGUACAGAAUUUUGUGUCAAAAUUGUCUCGCAAUACUGUGAUUGGAGCCUUGGUUUUACGCGGUAAAAGAAGAUGCUUUCUGCUGUCAACAAAUCCUGGAGGUCAGAAGAAUCAUCUUUUACCUGUCUUUGAUUGUUUUGCUGAAAUGAUGAAUUUGUUCUCCUAUUUGCAAAUAAUUCCAAAUCUCUCUCUCUCAAACAAAUUCCAGAACUUGCUGUUGUAGAUAGAUGAUUAUUAGCUCUAGAUCUCAGCUUUUAGCUUUUGGAUAAAAGUAGGAAUUUCUCAAGUAAAAGAUGAGUAAUUGUCAAAAUUUUCUGCUACCAAA